UUAUCAUUGCACAACUCCUAAAAUGACAGAGGGGGACAAAUAAUAAUUAGUAUAUUAGCACAUUCAAUGUCAAUAUAUUUAAAAUAUGACAAUAUAAUUAAAGAAUUUACAUUUCACAAACUAUCCCUUUAAUCAUACAUAUUUAUUUUUCUUAAAUCACUAUGAUCUUAAUCUGUUUUAUGUUUGCUUCAUUUGCUAUCUUCAGGAAAAAAAAACAACUAACGUCUUUCAUGUUUUUCCUCAUCAGAAUGGCAUCUCCAUAUAGCCGCCCCAGUCCCAUCAGGGUCAAGUGUGUACUAAACCGUAGAAAUGCAAAAACCCUAAACUUUAAACUUGUAAAUGGUGAAAUUAGGCCUGGCAAUCAAGAGGUCACAUACCUUAGUGCACUGUCCACUGGUGUGACGUACUACAUAAAAAACUACACCGUGUCCUCAAGGUAUGGACAACAACGUCUGUUUAUGGGGCCAAACACGACGACCUACAAAACCGCUCCCCUCACACUGACCUUUGAUGCAGAGAAGAUGGCCAAAGAUGCUCUUAUUCCACCAUCUGUCUCGGUGACUGGGGAUGAGCAGGACCUCUUUUCAAGAGGUUGCUACCUAACUCUGGAAGGAACAGUGGAACAUAUGCAGGUUCCAAGGAUGACGACUGUGAGGGACACAGAAGUCCCCAUCUUGGAUCUGGGGAUCAGAAGUGGCUCCAGAGUCCUUGAGGUGUCCUUGUGGCGGGACCAGGCCCUGACCAAGCUCCAAAUAAACGACAAAAUUAAUAUCUGUCACCUGCGAGCAAAUGCCAAGGCCUCCAAGUUUAAUUCAACCGCCUACACAACUGUGGAGGUAUGCAACAUACACAGUGCAGGGCAACUCUGGCCCUCUGUCCUGAAGCAUAAUCAAAUAUGCUUGACUGUAAUCUUCAGGAAAUCCAGAAGACUCUGGCAAGAUUUUGCAGUGGUGUACAUUUUGAAUACAUAA